UGUAUGCACCUGCAUAACCCUGCACGUUCCACUGUGGUUGUGUCCUAGGGUUUUUCCCAGACUCUGAAAAUGUUUCCUUGGAUUUUUCUGUUGCUUUUUCUGCAGCUAUAUCUCCUUGUGAUUUGUCAGGAUGGUCCCAAGUGCUAUUCCAAGAUUGAACGGAGUUUUUACAAGGAUGGAGACAUUGAGAUUGCUUCCUUUUUCCCCAUUUACAUACACCUCGUUAACAGAAUCAUGAAUAUUUUCCAAAGAGAUCUCACAUUCAUCCGGUUUCAAUCCAAAAACUACCAAUAUGUUCUGGCCUUGGUUUUUGCUAUUGAGGAGAUCAACAAGAACACCCAUCUUUUACCCAACAUGACAUUGGGAUUUGAUCUCUAUAAUGUCAUGCACAGUGACAUGAUGGUGAUGAAGAAUCCCUUCAUCUGGCUUGCGGGAAUGGAAAAGCAUGUUCCCAAUUACACGUGUAGGAAACAGAGCAAGUCUGUAGCCAUAAUAUCAGGAACAAGCAUUGCUGCUCAAAUGGGGACACUCCUGGAACUCUACAAAAUUCCA